CCUAUCAUUUCGAGGUACUAUUGUAGACCUCGAAUCUGUACAGCUAGCUUGCCGGAGGACUCGAAUGUUCCUUGCUCCCCACGUAGACUUCUACCUUCACUCGAGAAUCGAGUUUCUUUUGAGCCUUUUUUUUCUCGAUUGUUUUUACAGCUCAUCGAUUUGAUCUGUUUUUCCCCAGAGCGCACUCGUCCUUUUGUAGUUCUGUGAAGUUCCAGCAGCUGGAUUCAGCAUCACUCGAAAAGAGCUUUAAAAAAAAAAAAAACGAAUAAAGAUGCCGCCGUUUCGUUUACCGCCGGGGUUCCGGUUCCACCCGACGGACGAGGAGCUCCUCGGGUACUACCUGCAGCGCAAGGUCGACAACCGCCUCGCGGAUGACGGCCUGAUAGCCGAAAUCGACAUUCUUAAAUGCGAGCCGUGGGACCUUCCCAGCCAGUCGUGCCUGGAGGCUGGCGAGUGGUACUUCUUCUGCGCGCGCGACAAGAAAUACCCGCACGGGUCGCGGGCGAAUCGCGCCACGGCGAUGGGGUAUUGGAAGUCCACGGGCAAGGAUAAGAGCAUCCGGAGUUCGCGCACGACGAGGCAGAUCGGGAUUAAGAAGACGCUCGUGUUCUACCGCGGACGAGCGCCACGUGGCGAGCGGACGGACUGGGUGAUGCAUGAAUACCGGCUCGAGUCCGAGCCGCGGUCCCGCUCCGUGCCUGCUGCGGACUACGUGCUGUGCCGCGUGUUCAACAAGAGCUCCGGCGCCGCGAAUCCCCCCUCGCCGGUCGAGCAGGACGAAGUGCCGCCCACCGCCAGCGAACCGCCGUGGGAGACGGGAGGAGGAGGGGGAGGGGGGAGCAGUGCGAAUGGUGUGUGUCCGUCGGGGAUGGGUGCAGCAGCGGGAGGGCGGCAGCCUCUGGUGAACUUCAACGGGCACGGCGGGGCGGGGUCCGCUGGCGCGGAGGAAGGGGAGGCGAGCGAGAUGGCGGGGAUGCGAGACGCGGAGUCGGAGGGCGGACUCACCACCGACUACCCCGCGCUCUACCGGGAGCCGUCCGCCCGCAGCGACGGCACCAACGGCGGAUUCUCCGUGGUCCCCGCGUCCGUCACCACCGCCCCUGGUGAACCGCUCCCAACCCCUCUGGGCACAUUCGCGCCGCUGCCGCAGGAGCCGGGGUUCGCGGAUUUCCCGUUCGAGCUGCCGUCGGUGGAGGAGCUCGUGCCGAUGGAGGGCGGCGCGGAGAACCUGAUGGAGAUCAUGGGGCUCGAGGCGGCCGAUCUCGUGCCGCUCGACGAGGCCGCCGUGCCCAACGUGCCGCUUGCCGCGCCGGGUGUCUCGGCGGACGCGUCUCUGACGGGAAGCGGGAGUGCGGAGGGCGGAGGGCCGCAGGAGGCGGACAGCUACGUGGAUGUGGACGGCUUGUGGGACUACAGCCAGCUGCCCAUGGAGAGGGCGGCGGCGUCUGGCCACGUGGCGGAGGCGGAGGAGUGGAACAUACCGAUGGAGGGCGGCGAGGAGUGGUUGGGCGAGCAGCUGCCGGCGUUCAAUCUCCCCGAGGGCAUUUCGAUCGACGACUUCCUGGAAGAUGCGCUCGUGGCCGACGACCUGCACGUCUUCAAUGCUCCCCUACCCGCCGCUCCCGCCGCUCCUGGUGCGCCUGUCCCAGCAGCACCUGCGCCUGCUGCGCCUGCUGGGUUCGCGGAACCUCGAGCGGUACUGAGAGCAGCAGGCGCAGCUGCGCUACCGGCACUUCCGGGCGCGCCAUUGCGCCUGCGGGGAGCGACAGCAGGUGGCGCGGCGACGAUCGCAGCAGCCGCUGCAGCUCUGGCGAAAUCCAAGGCGGCGCAGAGCGCAGCAGCAGCAGCAGCCGCAGCAGGCGGAGAAUUUGCACCGCUCGCCAACACGGCCGGCCUUGCGCGAGCAGUGGUGCGGCCCAGGUCGCGGCCUGCGCGUGCAGCGGGCGCCAUCAGGCCAGUGCCCGGCAGCUCGUCCAUGGCGGGGCGGCGGGUGCGCAUGCAGAUGUUCAACGCGCCGCAGCUGUUUAACGCGCCGGCGGCGCAGCUGACGGGCAGCAGCAGCCGGUCCAGCAGCAGCGCGCCGGUGUCGCUCAACCUCAAUGCUGCGCGCCCCGCUGCUGCGGCGCACUCGCACCCGCGUCUCGCGCAGGAGCAUGCCAGUAUGGGGGAUCAGGAUUGCCCCAUGGGUGAUGAGGAGUGGUCUAGGAGUAUCUCUCAGCAUGACAGCAUGGUCGCACCACAACCUAUGGGCAUGGCUGCUGCUUUUGAUGGGCCGGUUUUGGACUCGAGCAUGGAGCUAAGCCCCGUUGCAGACGUUGCAAGGCACUUUGCCGUUGAAGAUGUGGACGGACAUGGGGCUCGCAUGACUGACGCCGCUCCUGCUGCUCCCGCCGCUUAUGCUGCUGCUGCUCCCGCAGUUGCUGCUGCUGCCGCCGGUGCUGCAUUUGGCGGUGGUGCUGCGGGCGCGGCAGAUGCGGUUUGUGUGGUGGGGCACGAGGAGGGAGGGGUGAGAAUCCUUCCCAUGCCGCACGAUGUCCCUCACCACCAUCUUCCAAUAGAGGGCGCUGCUGUAGAGGGCGUUCCUGUAGAGGGCGCUGCCGUAGAGCCAGUCGCUACUGAGCCUGCUAGAUUACACGCGCACGCCCUUGAAGCGCUUGCCCUACAGCCACACGCGUUACAGCCACACGCGCUAGAGCCACACGCACCAGAUGUAGACGGAUGGCUGGCAGUAGGCGAGGAUGCGGAGGGUCUGGAAGAUGUGCUUCUCAUUGGUGAUGCCGCUGCUCCUGCUGCCGCUCCUGCUGCUGCACCUGCUGCUGCACCUGCUGCUGCACCUGCUGCUGCUCCUGCUGGUGCUCCUGCUGCUGCUCCUGCUGCUCGUGCUGGUGUGCGUGGCGUCCGUAUGGCCGAUGUUCAUAUAGUGGGUGCACCUGCAGCGGGUGCACCUGUACCUGACCGUGUGUAUGAGCCCCCUGUGCCUGGUGCCCCCGCCAGGGCUGGUGCUGGCCUUCCUCUCGAGGGACCCGCCCCAGCUGCUGCCGCUGAGCCGCCGCUAGAACCCCCUCCUGCCGCCGCGGCUGCGGUUGCAGCGCCCGCUCCAGCUGCUGCCGCUGCAGUCGCUCCUGCUGUUGCUGCUGCUGCAGCGCCAGUGCCUGCAGCGCCUCGUGCUGCAGCAGCGGCGGCCAGGCUCGAACCAGCAGCAGCAGCACCUGCAGAAGCACCAGCAGUAGCAGUAGCACCAGCAGCAGCAGCAGUGGGCCGUGCGGUUGAGCCUGGGGCGGGAGCCGGCCAUGGCAUGCCUGAGCACGGCGGUGCUGUGCUCCGUUGGGAGCAGGUGCGGGACGACGAGGCAAGGCAGGGGCGUGUGGGGAUGGCAGAGGGCGCAAUGAUUGUGGGAGCAGGGCGCGGGCAGGGGCUGAGAUUACGACAGACUGCAGAGCGGCCGCAGCAGGAGAGGCAGCGGGUACUAGAGCAGAGGCAACAGCUGCUGGCGCAACGUGAGGCUGCGGCACCCGGGGAAGGGGAGUUGGCUGUCCCUGCUGCUCCAGCUGCCGCCGUUGAAGACGCGGGAGCAGCUCCUGGAGUGGGUGCUGCAGCGCAGAUCAGAGCAGCUGGCCACAGAGACAUGGAUGGUCGCAGAGUGGAGGGAGACGAAGGUCUCGCUGCCGAUGGGGAUGCGGAGGGGCGGGCAGACAGGGAUGUGGAGUGGGCGAGAGGCAGAGGCAGGGGUGUGGCAGACAGGAGCAGUGCCACUUCGAUGGAGGCGGAGGGGCCUGCUGGCCCCGCUGCGACAACUCCAUCCCAGAAGAUGACGACAGACGGCGUGUCGGCGGGUGCGAGUGCCACUCACCUCCGGCAUGCUGGUAGGUCCUUAGAUGUUCCUCAAUCCGACGAUGCUUCCGCAGCAAAGGCGGGCAACUUGUCGGCAGCAGAACUAGCUGCCGCAGCAGCACAAGGAGCUCCUGCUGGGGUGCCGCUGACACCUGCUGCCCAAGCGCUGUUCGUUGCAGCGCCUGCAGCAUCAGCCAGUUCUGGUGCUGCUUCUUCAGGAAUUUGUGAAACCGUUGCUCUCUCAUCCCAUCCUUCCCCUGCAUCGCUAGUGCCGGGAGCAGGGGAGGGAGACAGUGGGGGCGAGGAGCCGCGGUCUGUGUGUGCUCGUGCUCGCCCCAUCGCAGACCUCAUUGCAGAGUCUCGAAAGACGGGCGGGCGCCGCCAGCUCUGGCAGCAGUAUGUGCCGGCUCGGCGCUCAGUCAACCUAGGAGCUGCUGCUGCACCAACAGCAGCAGCAACAGCAACAGCAGCUGGAGGAGGCGAAGGCACCUCACCAGCUUUGACAGCCCCCAAAACGUCGGCAGAUUUGGAUGGCUCUGCAGCUUCUGUCCGCCAGCCGAUGGCGCCCUGCUCCAUGAAACCCAAGGGGCCUGCGCCCGUCAUCUCCAAGGGAGGCCGCGUUGUGGGAGGCAGGCCACUGUACUCAGUGUUGCGUGGAGGGGCUGCAGGAGGAGGGGUGCGGCCCACUGGUGGGCUGAGGCCUGUUCCCCGGUACAUGAGCGGUGUGCUGCAGUUCCUCUCCGCCCUCCCCGCUCGCCCUGCUAACGCCGCAGAGCUGCCUGCAGGUUGGGGUGUGAAGGCUGGCGCAGAGGCAGAGAGUGGCAGUCGCAGGGCAGAGAAGGGGCAGCAGCUGGGGGAGGAGGCUGCAGCUUUAGGGGACUUCGAGGGGUUGGUUUACGGGGAAGGAGAGGAGGAGGUGGAGAUAGAGGAGUGGAGUGAGGAGGAGGAGGUGUUUGAGUCGCGCUGGUGGGUGGAUUCUGCUGGGAGGCUGCUGCCGACAGCGAGGCUGAUUGGGGGGAGUGGGGGAGGAAGGGGCACGGGGCGAGCUGCAGUGGUGGAGGAGUGGGAGGUGGAGACAGAAGACGUGGUGUCGUCUGUUCUGUCCGAUGAAGGAACGGACGACCCUGAUCUGCUGGAUACUGCUAGUAGUGGGGGUUCGGGGGGAUCUGGUGGAAGCAGGGAAGCAGGGAAGAGACAGGGAAGGGGCAGCGGUAGCAGCAGGGUGGUGAGGCGGCACAGAGUGACUGUGGCCAGUGGUUGGGUUGAGAGGCCGCCUCAGCUGGUGGAUGAAGAUUCAGCUGUUUUUGCCCCCAAAAAAAACCACCUGCUGGGGGUAAGGGCAGCUGGUGCAAGGAGGGGAGGGAAGAGUGGUGGUAGUGCGGGCAGCGGUGGGGGCCUGAGGGAGUUGGAGGAGUUGGAGCUCUCCCCAUGGACACUGCUUGCUCUGCUGCUGAGGCCGCUGGUGGUGGCCACCAGGAGAUGGUUGCAUGAGCAGAGAGUGCUGCUGUGGAUGGCUUUGGCUGUGUGUUUCGUUUUUGUGGGCGUGAUUAUGGCGCCUGCUUGGCGUGUGAGCCCUAUGUUGCUCUCGGCAUGAAAAUCGUGCGAGGCAGUAGGCUGUGUUUUCUUUUUCCUGUUCUGUUUCGGUGCUAGUGUAUCCAUGCAUCACACCUGGUGUGGGGCGUCUCUUUUGUGCAGUCGGAAUGUGUACAAAUAGCCAUUUUUGAAUCCAAUGAAUGGAUAAACUCAAGGUUGAUAC